CUCCGCCCCCAUCUCCGACGUACCCCAGCACGCUGCGCCCCCCGCCCACCCGGCACGCCCAGUCACCCCGCCUGGCCACGGAGGCCCAGGAGCCGCCCUGCGGGCCUGUGCGACCCCUCACAGCGGCACCGUUCUCCUGCGUCACCCGCCGUCCGCCGCCAUGGACGUGUAUCCUCCGCACCGGCUGGGGUUGCCCCGCGCGUGGUCCCCCAGCGGCUCUGGCCGAGGGUCGCCCUCUGUCAGCUGCAGCCGGCUCCGCCAGGUUCAGAGCAUCCUGACCCACAGCAGCAAGUCUCGACCCGACGGGAUCCUCUGCAUCCUAGGAAUCGAUAGCAGGUACAAUGAAGGCUGCAGAGAGCUGGCCAAUUAUCUUCUCUUUGGUUUGUACAAUCAGAAUGUUGGUGAUUUUGAGAAAACGGGGUUUUCUGAAGAAGUUCUAGAUGAUGUAAUUAUACUGAUUAAAUCAGACAGUGUCCAUCUGUACUGUAACCCUGUGAACUAUCGCUAUCUCUCACCCUGUGUGGCACAUUGGAGGAAUCUGCACUUCCACUGCAUGACCGAAAAUGAGUAUGAAGAUGAGGAAGCUGCAGAAGAAUUUAAAAUUGCCAGCUUUGUGGACAUGGUUCGAGACUGUAGCAGAAUUGGCAUUCCUUACAGCUCCCAAGGUCACUUGCAGAUAUUUGAUAUGUUUGUAGUGGAGAAGUGGCCAAUUGUACAGGCCUUUGCACUUGAGGGCAUUGGAGGGGAUGGAUUUUUUACCAUGAAAUAUGAGCUGCAGGACGUGAGUUUGAAUCUAUGGAAUGUCUACAGCAAGAUGGAUCCUGUGUCUCUGGAGAGUUUGCUUUCAGAAGAUUUGGUGACUUUUGAACAUCAGUGGACUAGCUUCUUUGCUAAUUUUGACACAGAAAUUCCUUUCCUGCUGGAACUUUCUGAAUCUCAGGCGGGUGAGCCAUUCAGAAGUUAUUUCAGUCAUGGAAUGAUCUCCAGCCAUAUAACUGAAAACAGCCCUAAUAGGCAGCCGUUUGUCCUCUUUGGUAAUCACUCCACGCGAGAAAACCUGAACGCUGGCAGCUUUAACUUCCCCUCUGAAGGGCACCUGGUACGCAACACUGGUCCCAACGGGAGCGUUGCCAAACACAUGGUAGUACAGUGUGUCUCACCAAAGGGGCCCCUUGCUUGUUCAAGAACAUACUUUUUUGGGACUACUCACAUUCCUUACUUGGGUGAUGACAACAAGUUGCCCAAGAAAACUGAACCAGUUAGGCUCUUGUCCCAGGUAUAUGCUGCUGUUAUUGAGGCUGUUUUGGCUGGCAUUGCAUGUUAUGCUAAAACUUCCAGUCUAACAAAGGCCAAGGAGGUAGCUGAGCAGACCAUGGGAUCUCAGUUAGAUUCCUUUGAGCUGGUGCAGUUUAAGGCAGCCCUACGCUCCAAGAUGACUUUUCAUAUACAUGCUGUGAAUAAUCAGGGAAGAAUUGUGCCUCUGGAUGGUGAAGAUAGCUUAUACUUCGUGAAGACGGCUUGUAUGACCGUCUGUGACAUUCCCGACUUGCUGGGAGGAAGGGGAUGCUUAGGGUCUGUGGUCUUCUCAGAAUCAUUUUUGACAUCUCAGAUCUUGAUUAAAGAAAAGGAUGGCACUGUUAACACAGAAACCAGCUUCAUAGUGCUGACAGCCGCCAUACCCAGAUUCUGCUCCUGGCUGGUAGAAGAUAAUGAAGUGAAAUUGUCAGAAAAAAACCAGCAAGCAGUGAAGGGAGAUGAGUGUUUCCUGGGCACUUUUCUAGCAGGAGGAGAGGGAGCAUAUCUUUAUUCCAGUAAUUCACAGUCCUGGCCUGAGGAAGGGAAAGUGAAUUUCUUCUCUAGCGGCCUUCUGUUUUCUCACCGUCAUCACGGAAGCAUCAUCAUUUCCAAGGAUCACGUGAAUUCCAUUUCGUUCUAUGAUGGGGAUUCUACCAGCAUCGUUGCUGCCCUUCUGAUAGACUUCAGAAGCUCAUUGCUUCCUCAUCUCCCAGUUCAUUUUCAUGGUUCAAGCAAUUUUCUGAUGAUUGCCCUUUUCCCCAGAUCAAAGAUAUACCAAGCAUUUUACCCAGAGGUCUUCUCCCUCUGGCAAAAGCAAGCUAACUCAGGGCUGUCUUUAAAAGUGAUCCAGGAAGAUGGAUUAUCUGUGGAACAAAAGAGAUUACACUCCCGUGCACAGAAGCUCUUCAGUGUCCUGAGCCAUUCUGCUGGGGAGAAACGGAGUCCUCUAAAGCUACUGUCAGCCAAACUCCCAGAGCUGGACUGGUUUCUCCAGCAUUUCACCAUCAGCAGCGUUAGUCGAGAGCCUGUGAUAAGGACCCAUCUCCCUGUCCUGCUCCAGCAAACUGAAAUCAACCCUACUCAGCAAGUAGAAAAUGACAAGAUCAUCGUCAGCAUUGUAACUGGCCUCCCAGGAUGUCAUGCUAGCGAGCUCUGUGCUUUCCUGGUCACUCUGCAUAAGGAGUAUGGCAGGUGGAUGGUGUACCGCCAAAUCAUGGAUGGCUCUGAAUGUUUUCAUGCUGCCCACUUCCAGAGGUACCUUUCCAGUGCCCUGGAAGCCCAGCGGAACCUCUCUGCCCGCCAGUCAGCCUACCUCCGCAAGAAGACCAGACUGCUGGUGGUGUUACAAGGCUACAUGGAUGUUAUCGAUGUUGUCCAGGCCCUGCAGACGCACCCCGACCCAAAUGUCAAGUCCUCCUUCACCAUUGGUGCCAUCACGGUGUGCGUGGAGCCCCUGAGCUGCUACAUGGAGCACAGAUUUCUCUUUCCUAAAUGUCUUGACCAGUGUUCACAAGGCCUGGUGAGUAAUGUGGUGUUCACCAGUCACACUGUGGAGCAGAGGCACCCUCUCCUUGUUCAGCUGCAGAACCUCAUCCGGGCUGCCAACCCUACCGCAGCCUUCAUUCUUGCAGAAGACGGGAUCGUCACCAGGAAUGAAGACAUUGAACUGAUUCUGUCCGAAAACAGUUUUUCAAGUCCUCAGAUGCUACGGUCUCGAUAUUUACUGUACCCUGGCUGGUAUGAAGGUAAAUUUGAUCCUGGAUCAGUCUUUCCACUAAUGGUUCAGAUCUGCGUGUGGUUUGGGCGUCCCCUGGAGAAGACUCGCUUUGUGGCCAAAUGUAAAGCAAUUCAGUCCUCUAUCAAGCCAAGUCCCUUCUCUGGAAACAUCUACCACAUCCUGGGCAAAGUGAAGUUUUCAGACUCGGAGAAGACCAUGGAGGUCUGCCACAACACUCUGGCCAAUUCCCUGAGCAUCGCACCCGUCCUGGAGGGGCCCACGCCGCCACCCAGCUCCCGAGGCACACCUCAGGACGGCGGCGGGCAGCAGGAGUGCUACCUCGUGUUCAUCGGCUGCUCCCUGAAGGAAGACAGCGUCAAGGACUGGCUGCGGCAGUCGGCGAAGCAGAAGCCUCAGAGGAAAGCCCUGAAGACCAGGGGGAUGCUGACCCAGCAGGAGAUCAGGAACAUCCAUGUGAAACGCCACCUGGACCCCCUGCCUGCAGGCUACUUUUAUAAUGGCACCCAGUUCGUCAAUUUCUUUGGUGACAAGACUGAUUUUCACCCGCUCAUGGACCAGUUCAUGAACGACUACGUGGAAGAAGCCAACCGGGAAAUCGAGAAGUACAACCGUGAGCUGGAGCAGCAGGAAUAUCACGACCUCUUUGAGCAGAAGCCUUAGAGGAAGGCUGCAGAGUGUCCACUCUGGAUGGAGGUGGACAGAACGGGCUGUCUGAGCCCCAGUUCCACGAGGCCCCUCCCUGGAGGGGCUCUUUGUUCUCCUUGGCCUUUGAGUGCUGGCUUGAGUGCAUGUCGUCUUUUUUCUCUCUGCAGCGCUGAAGAGCAUCACCUGCACCACAGACUGGGGGGAGGGGCCCUCGCCGAGGCUGAGCAGGCAGUGACUGCACCGUGUGUGCGGCUGGCAGUCCGGGACCUCUAGGUCUCUGAUAACAGUGUCUCCUUUGGGCUGUUGCGGCACCGGCACCGUGCGAGGGAGGGGGAAGCUUUUGGAUUGCACAGAGGAGCUGCUGGGAUGCAGAAGGAACCCUAGCUACCCAAACUGGGACCACCCCUGGGGAAGGCCAGGCCACCACAAAGUUCAGGCCUCAAGACAGUGACCCAGAAAAGCCCUAUCCCCAGUGCCUGCCUCCCUGGUCAGGCCCCUUCCACUGAAGGAGCUGGCCGAGCUGGCCCUGCUGGCCCCGGGCCCAGCCCUGGGGGGAGCAGCGUAAGUCCUUCCCCAGCCCAGGCCAGAGCCAGCAGCUUGGGCUGAGAUCAGUAGCUUGUUUUAAAAUGAGGGGAUUUUCCUUAUGGACUAAACAGGAAAGGUGUGCUGCCCUCCAGACGUGGGUGGCUGUUGAAUUGACACAAGCAGCCCCCCUUGGGAUUGGUUUGAGUUCCCCUCGUGGUAUCACUCUGGUCUGCCUAAUUCAGGGACCAGAGCAAGCCUGUUGCUGGAACCUCCCUGGCAACGCUUUGCCUCACUGUUGAGGGGAGUGUCCUGCAACUGCUUAGUCUUAAGCACUGAUCACGUUUGGGUGUCCUUGAAGGGGGUUCAGUCUCUAGCACCCUCCCCUCCCCUCAGCCUUACCAAGGAAGGCCUGGUCUAUGGCCACAAACUAGAGAAAACCCAUGCCCCCGAGCAUUGUUCCUAGCCCUGGACCUUUGGGCUCCAGGGGCCAGGAAUUUCAGAGAAUCCCGGUAUCCAAAUUAGAAUUCCUUCCAGUGGCUUUGUUUUCAGAUGGACCAUAAAGCAGAGGGGAAUUACAAGUGUGUCCCUCCUGAAUUCGUGCCUGACCUCCAGAAUCCAUGUGGCAGAGGGGGUCAUGAGCACUGAUAUUUAGGUGAUGUCUGUUAGGACUUCAGCGCCUCAGCUGCCUAGAUUGUAAAUGCUUUCUGAAGUUCACCUUUUUUUUUUUUUGCAUGCCUUAGGAACAGCCACAUAGGUGAAACCAGCAACGUUUCCAGUAAUGUAGGGGGUUUGAGAAAAGCCCCUGGUGCAGAGGAGAGUUGGGACAGGACGGAGCACACGUGGUCCGUGUGCCUGCUCACACGGGGGCCUGCCUGCAAGUCCUAAAGCAGUUGUCACAGGGGCUUGUUGGUGACAUGAACUGACUUAUAUUAGAAAAAACCAUUUGUAUUUGAAGCCAAACGAACAAAACUCCAGGAUCACUGGUUAAGAAAUCUUGCAUGCAGAAAAGCUUCUGAAAAGGCCCGUGUGCUCCAAUCCCAGCUCCCAUAGCCACUGGUGACAAGGCCCCAAGUCAGGGAGCCCCUGAUGUCUGGCUGGCCAGAGCUUGGGGUUCACAGUGGGCCUGCCUCUGCUCCAGAAUCAAUAACAUAGAUCUUAAGUGCAAUUGAUAAAAUAAGCAAUGAGUUACUGUAGCUUCCUUUAGCUCUACUGAGCUCUUUUUAAAAACUCAAACUUGAGCAGCCUUAGAAAAGGGGGAGUUGGGUGGGUGGGUGGGGUGGGUGGGACCAUAGGCCACUUCCUCCAGGGGGGUUGCUGUGAAGUUUUAAAUGAAAGCUCCAGAUCUGGGAGCUCUAGCCAUCUCCUGGCUGCUGCACAAGAGAGUUUUUAAAGAGGGGUCGGAGCCCGCCCGUAACAGCGGGUCUCCCCACUGCGUGGGGCUAUACUUACACGUGGUGGUUUCUGACCAUUGUCCGUGGAAAUGCUCUCUCACCAACUUGCCCCACUGUCCCGAUUCCUCUCCUCCUAGAGGAAAAACUGUGAUUACCUCAACUCGAAUAUGAAACUGUGAUUGCAAAAAAGUCAAAACUUUAAGUCUAAAAGCCAAAAGGCAAAACUGGCUACGGCCUCCUUAGCCACUCCUCAGCCUGCUCAGGAGUGUGAAGGGGCACACAGGUGACAGGGCAUUUCAUUCCUUGGGGCACACUCUCCGUGCCCCCGAUGAAGAGGCAACACUAGCGGUGCGCAGUGUGAGCUCCUUGAGGACGGAGGCCAGGAGGAUGCGUCCUCCCCGCACUGCCCCUCCCAGACCUGCGGGCCCCUGGGUCCUGACUGUGAAGUUUAACGUCCACUUGAUUCUUGCAGGGGAGGGCGGGGCCUUCGCUGUCUCCAGAGGAUGGGGCCCUGACACUGUGCUUUAGAUUUUGACGGUGGAAGUGGAUGCAAAGGACCCAGCAACAACAUCGGGUGCGGGUUCCUAGGAACAGGCGGGAGUCCUCCAGGGGCUUACAUGCUUUUUGCCAACUUUCCUGUUAGCAGCUUCGGUUUUGUAUCACCCAGAGUGAGUGUGAUAAUGUUGAAAUCGCUGAAGUUAUGGGUCAUGUUACGUUUUGAUGUGGGAUUCUUCUUUCAUUUUAUUACUAUUUUGAUUUGAAGGAGGAGGCAGAAAUCGGAGAAAAGGGACUGCCCUCGGAAGGGGCCGCUGACCAGUGGUCACGCUGGCCCCCCUAAGCUCUGAGGGCUCUCCGACCUGAGGCCUGGACGCUGGGGCCUGCAGGUCACAAGAAAAACUUCCCUCCUGAAUUCAUUUAGGAUUUUGGAGAAUUUUUGCACAGUAAUAAGCUCUGAGUUGCUCUUCAGGCUUCUCAAAAGGGAAAAGUUAACUCAAAGAUUGUGAACUAUUAAGUAUUCAUUCCAGCCGCGUUGCUGACCUAGUUGGAUAGUCGUACCUCAAAGAGUAGGUGAGAAAUGGCUUCCUCAUUGUCUUAGAUUGUCAAAUACUAAUGACAGAAGAAGAGCUCACUUACGUGCCAAAAUUCACUUUUAUACUAGUUUUUCAGUGCUUUAAUAUUUGUGACUUAAAUUUUACAACUCAUUUACAGACACUACUGUAACUUCAGUGAAACUGAGUUGUGUGAUUGAAGCUUUUUGCUUAUUAUAGUAUUUAUUACACUACUUAAUUCCGUAAAUAUAUAAAAGUAGUCUUCAAUUUAUUUUUCUAUUAUUUUACAUGUUUUUACCUGCAGUUGUGUAUUUGAAUUUACCUUGGUAACUGAGACAUAGUGCUAAGGAUCAAUAAACUCUCUCUGCACAAGCAA